AUGAGUUGCAAGUUGACCAAUGAGCAGUUGCUUGAUAUGAUGGAUGGCAUGAAUUCAGACUUAGAAUUGUCUGACGAAGAAGAUGAUGAAAACAUUGACGACAUUGGAAUUGCAAAUGAACUUGUUGAAAGUGUUUAUGGUACAGUUGAUGGUGAAGAAGACGAUGAAGAUGACGUUGAUGUAUUUACUCCUGAUCAACUACUACCAAUACAGACACCACCUACUGAUGAAGUAAGCAUGCCAAAUAUUGUUACACAUACAAAUACACCACCAGUACUCAAACAAUUUGCAACAUUCGCUAAAAGUUCAAUCAAGUGGUUAUGUAAGCCUAUGAAACAAAAAAACAUAAUUCUGAGAAGUGUUGAGCAAACCGAGUUCCCUAAUACCAUAUCAUCACCAAUUUCUUAUUUUAUGAAAUAUUUUACUGAAGAAGCAUUUAAUGAAAUGGCCAUGUACACUAAUAUUUAUGAAGAACAAAAAAUUACAAAUCAAUGGGUUCAAACAACAUCUGCAGAGAUGAAAGUUUUUGUUGGUAUUCAUUUAAUGAUGGGUGUAUUGAAUUUACCAAGGGUCAGGAUGUAUUGGCAAAAAGAAUUUAGAAUUGAUAUAAUUGCUAAUAAUAUGACUAGAAAUAGAUUUUUUGAGUUGAGAACCCAUUUCCAUGUCAUGAAUAAUGAAGAAAUUCCACAGACAAAUACGGAUAAAUUCAUAAAAGUUAGACCUCUGUAUAACCAUAUGAAAAAUAGAUUUUAUCAACUACCAAUUGAACAAAAUAUAAGCAUAGACGAACAAAUGGUUCCUUUUAAAGGUAAACUUGCUCCAAAACAGUACAUGCGAGGUAAGCCUCAUCCUUGGGGUAUUAAAUUUUUUCUAAUGUGUGGUUCAAGUGGAACUGUCUAUGAUUUCAUCAUGUUUCAAGGUAGUAGUACUGAAUUAGAUCCUGUUGUUCAAAAUCUAUUUGGCCAAGGUGGAGCAGUAGUGAUGCAAUUCAUAGAACGUCUGGAGAGAAAUAGGCAUUAUGUGUAUUUUGACAAUUAUUUUACAUCAUAUAAUUUAUUGUCUGUACUAGCUGACAGGUAUAUUUAUGCUGCUGGAACCGUUAGAGUCAAUCGAUUUGCUAAACCUCCACUAAUAACCGAUAAAUGUUUAUCAAAAAUGGGUCGGGGAACUUCUUAUGAAGUAUCUGGAAUAGCAGAAGGCCAAAAAAGUCAAAUAGGUCUCUGUUCAGUAUUGGCGAUCGAUAGUGGUCGAUCGCCGUUGUCGGCGGCGCAAGAUAAGAAAAAUAACGAGCUAUCGUCUCGAUCGGUCAAAAGGCCAGUUAUUAGUCUUGGGACAGCUGCGACCGAUGCACUGUCUAUCGCCAAUCUCAAGUGCGUCAGAUGA